AUGCUGCCAGUCACCAAGGUGUGCAAGUCUCAAGUGGAGACUAUCAAGCAAGAAUGCGUGUCCAUACUACAAUCACACUUUCACAACGCCAAUGAGAGCCAUAAGUUCUCAGUUAUGUUCAAGUGUAAGUACAACGAUGCGAUGAAGAAAGAGCGUCUGGCCGUCAUCACCGCCGUUGCUGACGUCGUCGACGGGCCGAAGUUCGGGCACACGGUGGACCUGGACAACCCUGAGAAGAUCAUCUUUGUAGAAAUAAUAGAG